AUGUCACUUUACAGCAUGAAUGUUAUAUUGAAUAUCUGUCAUCUGGAUACUGCUUCUCUUCUUGUUAAUUAUUGCCAUCAUAUGUAUAAUAAUGGAGUCAAUGGUGAUGAUAUCAGAUUCAACCCUUUUCAUACACGUAUUGUAUCUUUUUGGAGCAGGGGUCCAUCAUAUGGUUACAGAGGCAAGGUAGUACUUUCUUUUGAGGAAAAUGGUUCUUCUAAAGUUGGGGUCAGGUUUGAUAGAACAAUUCCUGAAGGUACUGAUCUUGGAGGCCUCUGCGAAGAAGAUCAUGGUUUCUUUUGUGCAGCUGACUCAUUACGUCUUGAUAACUCCAGUGCCGAUGAUGUUGACAAGCUUGCCAUUAAUGAACUCUUUGAGGUUGCUUCUGUAGAAAGUAAAAGUAGUCCACUAAUUUUGUUUAUGAAAGACUUAGAGAAGUCCAUGGUGGGAAAUCCUGAGGCAUAUGCAGCCUUUAAAAAUAAGCUUGAAAAGUUACCUGAAAAUGUUGUUAUCAUAGCUUCUCAUACUCAGACGGACAGCAGAAAGGAGAAAUCCCAUCCUGGCGGAUUGCUGUUCACAAAAUUUGGAAGCAACCAAACUGCAUUGCUAGACCUUGCCUUCCCGNUUCUUCAGGGCAUUCAAAAUGAAAACAAGAGUUUGAAAAAAUCUCUCAAGGAUGUGGUUACCGAGAAUGAAUUUGAGAAAAGACUCCUUGCCGAUGUUAUUCCACCUGGUGAUAUGGGAGUUACUUUUGAUGACAUUGGAGCAUUGGAGAAUGUGAAGGAAACUUUGAAGGAACUAGUGAUGCUACCCCUGCAAAGGCCAGAGUUGUUCAGCAAAGGACAGCUGACAAAGCCUUGCAAGGGGAUAUUGCUUUUCGGACCUCCUGGUACUGGUAAAACAAUGCUAGCAAAAGCUGUUGCGACAGAAGCUGGUGCAAACUUUAUUAAUAUAUCAAUGUCAAGCAUCACAUCAAAAUGGUUUGGUGAAGGAGAGAAAUAUGUCAAAGCAGUCUUCUCAUUGGCUAGUAAAAUAGCCCCUAGUGUAAUUUUUGUUGAUGAGGUCGACAGUAUGUUAGGAAGACGUGAAAACCCGGGAGAACAUGAAGCAAUGCGCAAAAUGAAGAAUGAAUUUAUGGUGAACUGGGAUGGCUUGCGUACAAAAGAUAAGGAACGUGUACUAGUACUUGGAGCAACCAAUAGACCUUUCGAUCUUGAUGAGGCUGUAAUUAGAAGGCUUCCCCGGAGGCUGAUGGUGAACUUGCCAGAUGCUCAGAACAGGGAGAAAAUUUUAAAAGUGAUAUUAGCAAAGGAAGAGUUGGCUCCAAAUGUUGAUCUCGAAGUAGUUGCUAACAUGACAGCAGGGUAUUCAGGUAGUGAUCUAAAGAAUCUCUGUGUGACAGCUGCACAUUGCCCAAUAAGAGAAAUUUUAGAGGAGGAGAGGAAGGAGAAAGUCUUGGCACUGGCAGAGAGCAGACCAUUGCCUGAAUUGCAUAGCAGUGCAGACAUUCGUCCCCUGAGUACGGAUGAUUUUCGAUAUGCACAUGAACAGGUAUGUGCUAGCGUUUCAUCAGAAUCACAUAACAUGAAUGAGCUUCUCCAGUGGAAUGAACUUUAUGGAGAAGGCGGUUCAAGAAAGAAGACAUCACUUAGCUACUUCAUGUAAAGGAGGUACUAAAGCUGUAUAGUGUUUCCUUGUUUAGGCGGCUUUUUUUUAUCUAUUCUAUUUGGUGGAUCUGAUGAGAUGGUUGUGGCCUGUGAUUUUGAAAAUCCAGUUUCAGGUUCUCCUUACCCAAAACCCUAUUUUGUGGAACUGGUCCUCGUGUAUCAUAUUUAAGUUCAUGGGUAUUUCUCCCUGACCAGAUAAAAGUUAUAAAUUAUCUAUCCUUACCAGAUAAGAAUUAUAAAGUAUCUAUCCCUGACUAGAUUAAAGUUUUAAAAAGUUUUAAGGUAUUACUCAAUCUGGUGUGACUAAAUUUUUCGUUCUGUGGUUCUCUCUUUGUUGGUCGAUCAAAACAUGCAUUGGACUCGCUUCAUGUGGACGGGUUAUCUGUUUUGUAGACAACUUUCGAUGACUUUGAUCUUUUAAGUGUACAGAAAUAUUCUGAACUUCCGGUCGACUUUUUAAUGGAUCAUCUAUUGUUUCAUCCUUUUAUUUUUCUCUA